CGAAUUCGUGCCGUUCGCUUUCCUCUUCUCGUCCUCUCGCUUAUCUCAGCAACCGUUACUCCGGAACUGGAAAAAAAAAAUUAGAGAGGGUCUAAUAGAACGCGACUUUGACCUUUGCCUUGGGGUGAGAGGUCAAGAGUGUCAGGAAAAAUGGCGCCCGUGUCUGGCGAAACAGGGAUCCCGAGCGGGCGUGUGGAAGCGGCCUAAGGCGAGCCGGAAAGCGACGCUCAUCUCCCUGGAGUUGCGUACGUAGAGACCUCUCUCGCCGGCCGGGAGCCUGAGGGGAGACGUCCCUCCGACUCUCGUCAGGAGGCUUAAAAGUCGCUGCUCUCGGAAGUCGCCCGUUGCCUCCCGGAAUACCCGCUCGCUUUUCUCAGAGCUUCUCAUCACGGGCCGUCGCUUCCUCUGAGAGCAAGCUCCCUUGUCUGCUGGACAGCCCCGCCGACUAUCCUUUCCUGGAAGCUGGAGCCCCAUUUCAUUGUCCCUUUUUUUCACCAUCCUAACUUGCUGUGAACUGAAAUCUCCCAACUUGCUUUGAGCCCCUCAGCAAAGUGCUCCUGCCCUGGGCAGCCUCAAAAACACACCGUGUGAGAAGACUUGGCAACUGGACAUUCCCUUUACUUAAGUCAGAUGCUCCCCUGGUGAUAGGUCCAAAGGGUUGCUAAAGAUCACGAUUAUAAGAGAAAGACUCCACACAAUAAGCCUAGAAAUACAGUAAAAUUACCUGGAAUUAGCCCCAACAGGGUCUGUAGCUGAAACAUACAUUCAGCCAUGAGGAUUACUUGUAGAUUAAUGUUAGUGUUCUUUUCUCCAGAUUUGAACAUCACCAAUAAUUCAGCCUAGAAGUACAUGGUGACAGGGUACAACUUCCUGUUACGAAGAGGAAUCUGAGAAGCCUCUGCAUAACUAAAUGGCUGUAGAAAAUGUUCUAACAGUGUGGUUUGGAUGCCAAGAGCUACCACUUAAAAGAGUAAUCUUUUAAGUACAGCAAUAUAAAUCUGGCAUUCUGUAACUAGUAAGGGAAAGCUUUUUGUAAAAGAUAUGAUUUCUUGCUUUAUAGCAUAUAAUUACAUCACAUUGUAGUCUUGAAUAUGAAGUGUAAAUAACCAAAUCUUAGAAAUCAGUGUUACAAGGUUUCUGAUUUAGAAAAAAAAAGUUUAAAGAACUCCUUAAGUUGAUCAUAUGCAUUUUUUACACUCAUUUUUCAUUUUUAAAUGGGUAAUGCUGCCUCUGGAUGUCCCUUUGGCUGUUCUGAGAUUUACUGCUGAAAAUGCUUUAAUAAGAAGAAACGUCAAAAAAGGAAGAAUUAGAAGUACCUUUGGAAAGACUGCUAAAGAGAAUGGUGGUGGUGGUGAUACGUGUUUGAUUUUCACCAAAAUUUAGUGCUUCUCUUCAUCAUGAACAGGAAGAAAGGAGACAAGGGGUUUGAGAGCCCAAGACCUUAUAAAUUAACCCACCAAGUGGUUUGCAUCAACAACAUAAAUUUCCAGAGAAAAUCUGUUGUUGGCUAUGUGGAGCUGACAAUAUUUCCUACAGUUGCAAACCUGAAUAGAAUUAAGCUGAACAGUAAGCAGUGCAGGAUAUAUAGAGUAAGAGUCAAUGAUCUGGAAGCAGCUUUUAUAUAUAAUGAUCCAACACUGGAAGUUUGUCACCAUGAGUCCAAACAGCGAAAUCUCAACUACUUUUCCAAUGCUUACGCUGCUGCGGUCAGUGCUGUGGAUCCAGAUGCUGGAAAUGGAGAGCUGUGUAUUAAGGUGCCCUCAGAGCUUUGGAAACAUGUGGAUGAACUAAAAGUGCUAAAGGUACACAUCAACUUUUCUUUGGAUCAGCCGAAAGGAGGCCUUCAUUUUGUGGUACCUAAUGUGGAAGGCAGCUUGGCAGAAAGAGGUGCUCAUGUUUUCUCUUGUGGUUAUCAAAAUUCUACAAGGUUCUGGUUUCCUUGUGUUGAUUCGUAUUCAGAACUCUGCACGUGGAAACUGGAAUAUACAGUUGAUGCCACAAUGGUGGCAGUCUCAAACGGUGAUUUAGUGGAAACUGUGUAUACUCAUGAUAUGAGAAAAAAGACUUUCCAUUAUAUGUUGGCAAUACCUACUGCUGCGUCUAACAUCUCUUUGGCUAUUGGACCAUUUGAAAUUCUUGUUGACCCAUACAUGCAUGAGGUCACCCAUUUCUGCUUACCCCAACUUCUCCCCCUGCUCAAACAUACUACGUCAUAUCUCCAUGAAGUAUUUGAAUUCUAUGAAGAGAUACUUACCUGUCGUUACCCUUACUCCUGCUUCAAAACAGUUUUUGUGGAUGAAGCCUAUGUUGAAGUAGCUGCUUAUGCUUCUAUGAGCAUUUUUAGCACAAACCUUUUGCACAGUGCCAUGAUAAUAGAUGAGACUCCUCUAACCAGGAGGUGCUUGGCUGAAGCUCUAGCCCAGCAGUUCUUUGGCUGCUUCAUAUCUAGAAUGUCUUGGUCAGAUGAAUGGGUAUUAAAGGGAAUCUCUGGCUAUAUUUAUGGACUUUGGAUGAAGAAAACAUUUGGUGUUAAUGAAUAUCGUCACUGGAUUAAGGAGGAACUAGACAAAAUAGUGGCGUAUGAAUUAAAGACUGGUGGUGUCUUACUGCAUCCAAUCUUUGGUGGAGGGAAGGAAAAAGACAACCCUGCAUCACAUUUACAUUUUUCUAUAAAACAUCCUCACACAUUGUCCUGGGAAUAUUACACCAUGUUUCAAUGCAAAGCCCACCUAGUUAUGAGACUAAUAGAAAACAGAAUAAGCAUGGAAUUUAUGUUACAAGUUUUCAACAAAUUGUUGAGUCUAGCGAGCACAGCUUCUUCCCAGAAGUUCCAAUCUCAUAUGUGGAGUCAGAUGCUGGUUUCUACAUCUGGGUUUUUGAAAUCCAUCUCCAAUGUGUCUGGCAAAGACAUUCAACCUUUAAUUAAGCAAUGGGUAGAUCAAAGCAGUGUGGUCAAAUUUUAUGGCAGUUUUGCAUUUAAUAGAAAACGAAAUGUACUCGAGUUAGAAAUAAAGCAAGACUAUACCUCUCCUGGGACGCAGAAAUAUGUGGGUCCGCUAAAAGUGACAGUUCAAGAGCUGGAUGGAUCUUUCAACCACACGCUUCAAAUAGAAGAAAACAGCCUUAAACAUGACAUACCCUGUCAUUCAAAGAGCAGACGCAAUAAGAAGAAAAAAAUUCCUUUGAUGAAUGGAGAGGAGGUGGACAUGGAUCUUUCUGCCAUGGAUGCUGAUUCCCCUUUACUAUGGAUAAGAAUAGAUCCAGAUAUGUCUGUUUUAAGGAAGGUAGAAUUUGAACAGGCUGACUUCAUGUGGCAGUACCAACUCCGCUAUGAGAGAGAUGUGGUUGCACAGGAGGAAUCCAUUUUGGCUCUUCAGAAGUUCCCCACUCCAGCAUCACGGCUUGCACUGACUGAUAUUCUCGAACAAGAGCAGUGUUUCUACCGAGUGAGGAUAAUGGCUUGCUUCUGUCUUGCAAAGAUUGCAAAUUUCAUGGUGAGUACAUGGACAGGACCACCAGCCAUGAAGUCUCUCUUCACUCGAAUGUUCUGUUGUAAAAGUUGCCCAAAUAUUGUGAAAACCAAUAACUUCAUGAACUUUCAGAGCUACUUUCUGCAAAAGACGAUGCCAGUGGCAAUGGCCUUGCUGAGAGAUGUUCAUAAUCUGUGUCCUAAAGAGGUUUUAAUGUUCAUUUUAGACCUGAUCAAGUACAAUGACAAUAGAAAAAACAAGUUUUCAGACAACUAUUACCGUGCAGAAUUGAUUGAUGCACUGGCAAACUCUGUAACUCCUGCAGUCAGUGUGAACAAUGAAGCCCGAACUUUAGAUAAUUUAAAUCCUGAUGUGCGCCUUAUUCUUGAAGAGAUUACCAGGUUCUUAAACAUGGAAAAACUGCUACCCAGUUACAGACACACAAUUACGGUCAGCUGCUUAAAUGCAAUUCGGAUCCUGCAGAAGAAUGGGCACGUUCCAAGUGAUCCUGCUGUCUUUAAAUCUUAUGCAGAAUAUGGCCACUUUAUAGAUAUUCGAAUAGCAGCUUUGGAGGCAGUUGUUGAUUAUACAAAAGUUGACCGAAGUUAUGAGGAACUACAGUGGCUGCUAAACAUGGUCCAGAAUGAUCCAGUGCCCUAUGUCAGACAUAAAAUAUUAAACAUGUUGACAAAGAAUCCACCAUUUACCAAGAACAUGGAAUCUCCUUUAUGCAAUGAAGCUUUGGUAGAUCAACUCUGGAAGCUUAUGAAUUCAGGUACAUCCCACGACUGGAGGCUGCGCUGUGGUGCUGUCGACCUCUACUUCACGCUGUUUGGUCUUAGUAGGCCUUCCUGUUUGCCCCUGCCAGAGCUUGGCUUGGUCCUUAACCUCAAAGAAAAGAAAGCUGUGCUGAACCCUACUAUUAUCCCUGAGCCCGGGGCAAGUGGCCCGGAACCUCCUAACAAUCCAAACGCUCUGGGUCAAAUAGUUGGCUUCCAAAGCACCGAGGAUGAUCACCUUGUUAAGGAAACAUCAGUCAUCCCCCUUCCACAUCAGCAGGGGUUGAAGAGGAAAGCUGAUACACCACUUGGGUCCCCGCUGGAACCUGGCCAGAUACUUGAGAAGACCGAAGACAGCAAAGUUAAGCUCAAAAUAAGGUUUUCAAAUUCUCAAGAGGAGGAAGAGAUUGAUAUGGACACUGUUCAUGACAGUCAAGCUUUUAUCUACCAUCAUUUGAAUAUGCUGGAAAGACCAUCAACACCAGGUAAAGAACAGUCUUCCUUGGAGCCGAACAUGUUGCCAGCACCUCUGCCUUCGCUGGCUGGUUUUGCUAAAGAGUCUGGCUCUUCCAGGCAUAGUGAGCACCAUCAUCAUCACCAUCACGAACACAAGAAGAAGAAGAAGAAGCACAAACACAAGCACAAGCACAAACACAAGCAUGACAACAAGGAGAAAGACAAGGAGCCUUUCACCUUCUCCAACAGCCCUGCCAGCGGACGGUCCAUUCACUCGCCCUCCUUGUCAGACUGACGCAAAGGACCCUGGAAUCAAGAGAGCUUGGCAGAUCUUCAGGAUGGAAACCAAGGCGUCACAUGGGUUCAGAAACCAGGACAAGAUCCCAGGUUCCUGUUCUAUCGGUCAGCAGCAGUAAUCAGACUCGGAUGGUGGGAAGGACCGUGGGUUUAGGAGUUUGUCAAAAUGUUCAUCGACCUGCUGGCCUUAUAUUCUCGUUAAUACACGUGUGUGUUUUGAACUUGAAGUGGCUGUCAUGACGUGAAGUAAACAUUAAACAAAAGCCGACUGCCCAACCUGGAAAAGCUCUAGUGUUUGAUACAGUGUUGUAUGACAUAAUUUAAGCUUCCUGAAACCUUUGUAUAAUUCUCUUUUUCUUUUCUUUAUAUUCCUUAAGUAUUCAUUCUAUUCCUUAAAUAUUGCAACUGUCCCAUCCCUUUUUAAACCCUUUGAACGGUUGCAUGCUCAAAGAUUUCUGUUUUUAAUGUUAAGGCUUUUUUUUUUAAAAUGGAUUUAACCUGUUUGAACAUGGCAACCUUUGACAGUCAUUUCUACUGAAUUGUUUACUUUUGCAGAGAAAAAAAUGCUACUAUCUAUACUGCACUCUGUAAUCAGACUCAUAACUGUGUGAUGGGAGUUUAAACAAAAAUUACAAAACUGGCAAAAGAAGCUCUACCUUAAAACGUCAAUUAACCUUUAAAAUAUAGUCAUGGGAGAGACAACAGUGCAAAAAUGUCUAGUUUCUAAUCAACUUGCUGGGUAGCAGUGCAACAGGAUGCUUUUAAAUGUAUAGCAAAUAACUCAAAGCAUGAAGCUGUGACUUAAAAGAGUUUUAUUCAUUGUAGUAAAAAUACCUAACAGAUAUUCUCUUGAAAAACUCGGUGAUUAUGUGAAAUAGGACUACUUUUUAACAUUUCUACUCAUUUCUAUGUAAUAUUAGUGCUUUUUCGCUCUGUUCCUAAUUUUCUAAAAUUUCAGUUGUUUGCAAACUAGUCCAGUGUUUUUUAUUUCUUGAGAAUUCAACCUUAGGUUAAACAUUUUUUUUAUAAUUUUGUGUGUAUAUUUCUUUAGUAUUACUUAAUAUUUGUUUAAACAGACAAAGCUGAUCUACAAAAAGAGAUUUAAAAAGAUGGCCAAGAAGAUUUUUUUAAAAAAUAAGGUUAUUCAUUAAUAAACUUUUUGUACA